ACAAAAAUGAUUGUCACUAAAUAGGACCAGGGCUGGGGGGAAUCUAAACCCUUUCGGAAAAAAAUAGUACCAAAUCUAAACCGAAACUGGUUAAAUAUCUGAACAGAUUCAAAAUUUUGGUAUUUAAAAAACCGGAACCGCAUCUGAUUCGAACCAAAAUAUUUUAGAUAUUCGAAUAUAUUUAAAUGAGAUUUAUAUAGUUUAAUAUAUCAGCUACUUUUAGAGUUAAUAUCCAAAAAUAUAUCAAAUAUAUAUAAAAUGUUUUGAAAUUAUCUAAAAUAUUUAAAAAUAUAUACAAAUAGUCAAAAAUAAAUAUCAAAAAUAUUUAAACAAUACUUAAAACACUGAAAAUAAUUAAAAUACAUAUUGAUUUUUCAUCCAAAUAUUUAAAUCAAAUCAAAUUUUAUGUUAAACUAAGGAAUUUUGGCAUACAUUGCUUAAACUUAUAGUUUAUAUAUUAUUUUUAUUUUUAGAUCUUGAGAAAUUUAAAUUAUAUAUGAAUUUUAAUAUUUUAAAAUUAAUUUAAACAGUGAACCGAAUCCAAACCAAAACUGAAAAAGCCGAACCAAAAUUUAAAUAACCGAAUGUGACUGAAUUUUUAAUUUCAAAAAUCUAAAAUUCGAAUAGACUCAUAGUGAAUCCGAAUGAAUAUCCAGACACUCAUCUCUAAAUAGCACUAUCAAAAUGGUAUUGCUGAUUGUUUAGUAAAAUGGUAAUGAGGACACACAUGUCAAAUCAUACUUUAUUUUCUUUAUCCCUGGUCAUUAGGCUUUAUUUUACAUUUUAGGGGUGAGUUAUCAUAUCAAUCAUCUUCAAAAAUAUUGGUUUAAAUAGUAACUGAGGUAUUAUUAACGAUACCAUAUAUUUUAAAUUAAUACACGCACAUAGACAUUUUUGACUUCUCAGUUUAAAGCGACACCGACCCUUUCCUUAUUUUCCCAAUAUUAGUAUUUGUUUAACAAAAUAGUUUAGUUAGUAGUACUAGAAUAUAAUUUGAGCUUGAAAGUUUACUGACAAAUGAAAACUUAGGAAGACUCUUUGAAUAUUCAAAGUUUGAAGGAUAUAUGCUAUUGGACAAAGUCGGGAUAAUUAGCUGGCUUCUAGAAAUUGGUGUUAACAAAACUAGCUGUCUUUUAGCUUUACCAUUUCACACCACAUUGAUGCAACUAUAUAAUUCAAGAAUUUCUGUAAAUCCAUUGCCAUGAUACGGUUUAUCAAAACAUAUCACUACAAAACCUAGAAAGUAUUAUGUUGUUCACAAAAAAAAGUAAAAAUUAAAAUUAUUUAUUUAUUUUAAAAAAUGUUAUGUAUUUUUAUUAGUUAAAUAUAAUAUAUUGUUUUAUUAACUUAUUAUUAUUAAAUUGUUAAUUACAAAAAUAGUUUAUUUAUGAACUGAAUACCCGUUAGUUUAAAACAUAGAUAAUAUAAUAAACCAGGCGUCUAGGCCUAAUCUUAAACUUCAAGAAAUGUAUCAUUGUAAUAUCGAAAAUCGAUUUCUAUAUUACAAGGCAGGGGAUGUAAGUGUUACGUAAAUUCUUUGGCAUAAUGCAAGGAAAUAUUAAUCAUGAGUUAUUAUUGCUAACUUUUCCAGUAAAGUUAAUUUAUUUAAGAAUUUAAACUGUACAUCUUCAUCUUCUUCCAAGAUCGGGUUCCUAUAUUACAAGGCAGGGGAUGUAAGUGUUACGUAAAUUCUUUGGCAUAAUGCAAGGAAAUAUUAAUCAUGAGUUAUUAUUGCUAACUUUUCUAGUAAAGUUAAUUACUUAAUUUAUUUAAGAAUUUAAACUAAACAUCUUCAUCUUCUUCCAAGAUCCGGUUCCAAAUAAAUAUUCUUUCCACGUGCACAUCUAAUCCAUAUAGUUAAGUCACCAAAUUCGAUUCCUUUUUCCAUCAUCAAAUGAAACUGUAUUGAUACAUUCUAUUAUUCUAUACUUCUCAUUAAACAUAUAGUUCAUUGCAAUUAUAGGUAGCUACUUUUUUCUUUUAAAAAUCAUAUUCGGAUGAGUAAUAUAUACCAAUUGGAUUUUGAAAAUAUAUGGACUAAUACAGUAUAAUUUCGACUAAUCCAUACGUCAAAUGUAUUCUUCCUUUAAAUCCCGUUUUAUUUAACAAUGGAGCAUCCUUUAUGAGUUAAACCGAGAAGCUAAUUAAGGAAUAUAUUUAAACGAAGUUGAAAACGUGUGACAGCUAAACUCUUCAUUGGGAAAAAGCAAACUGAUGGCUAAAGUAAGAACACUUUCCAAUACCACCAGUCUAUAAAUUCCCAAGUACCUGUGGAUUCACUUUCACUUCUCAAAGCACUAAAAGCCUCUCUAUCCUUUCUCUCUACACAGUCAUGCAUGCAUAGUUCUUACAAACACAAAAAAAUAGAGCACAUAUAAAUAGAGUUUGUAGGGAUAUUGAUAGUUUAGUAUGGAAAAUUCAAUGAAGAACAAGAGCUGCAAAGGAAGUGAAGAAGCAGAGCUGAGAAGAGGGCCUUGGACUCUUGAAGAAGACACUCUUCUCACCACUUACAUUCUCCAUAACGGGGAAGGACGUUGGAAUCUCACUGCCAAAUGUGCUGGGCUGAAAAGAACCGGCAAAAGUUGUAGAUUGAGAUGGUUGAAUUACUUGAAACCUGACAUCAGACGAGGGAAUCUAACUCCACAAGAACAGCUUCUGAUCCUCGAGCUCCACUCUAAAUGGGGUAAUAGGUGGUCCAAGAUUGCACAGUACUUGCCAGGAAGAACGGACAACGAGAUCAAGAACUAUUGGAGAACGAGAGUUCAGAAGCAAGCUCGACAGCUCAACAUCGAAUCUAAUAGCGACAAGUUCUUUGACGCUGUUCGUAGUUUCUGGGUCCCUAGAUUGAUCGAGAAGAUGGAGCAGAACUCAUCUGCUUCUUAUGCUUGUCCCCAAAACAACAACAGCAACAAUAACAAUAGUUCUCUUCUGCCUCCUUCUCAAACAUUCGAGUCCAUGAGUACACAAACAUAUCAAGAUUUGUCGGGUCUGAGCAACAUGGAUGGUUCUUCUUCGAGCUCUGCUUUCAUGCCUGAUCUCAUGACAGUUCCACACUUUAUGGAUCCCAACACCAUCAUCGAUGGUUCGAUGUGUUACCAUGAAGACAAUGCUCAAGAGCUCAGCGGGUAUAUUCCUGGGACGGAGGAAUACUAUUACAUGGGAAAUUCAGACAUAUCAACAGAAUGCCAGGUGGCAGAAGCGUACGAGAAUGUCACACAAGAUCCCAUGUGGAAUAUGGAUGACAUUUGGCAGUUUAGGGAGUGAUUAAGUCGGUCAAGAGAUGCUUAGGGUGGAGCCCACACUACCAUGGUUUUAUUUCGUAUACUAAAGUAAUAUAUUUUCAUUUUAGUUCAUGAGCAAAUGUUGUUAAAUAUAUAUUUAUAAAUGAUUGUUUUUUUCUUUUGCUAAAAAUUAUAAAUGAUUGUUUGCUGUGAGUCUUUCAAUCCCUGUCAAAUUUGUAUUAAGUUUGUUUGCUAAUAUAAAUAUUAAGCCGAUUUGUUCAUACUAUAUGUACGGACAUACUUGUUUCCUUAGUAUACAUGCACUAAUCAAUCAUGUCAAGUUUAACUUGACUAAUUAAGCUUGAGGGUAAAUAGAAUAGAGUAGUCUCUUGUCGUGAUUCUUUAGACUUAUCUGGAUCUUAGUGAAAGGAGAACAUAUCUAGUCUUACCUCAACAAGUGAAAGAAUCCAAAAGCUGGGAGUGACUCUAUCCAAUUUCUUUUUAGAAUUAUGGGGGCCGGAUAGAUGGUAAUUCAAGGACAUAAUGAUCUGUCUCUUCACCAAAAUUUAUGUCUUAUUUGGAAGAUAUAUAAGUGUAAAGUUGACGAUAUUACAGGAGAGUUUGAUUGACAUAUAUCGUUUCUGUGGAAUCAAAGAAAAGGUUAAAUGAAGUACUGAUUGUUACAUUUGAUAAGAUGCACAUUAAGACAAGUGUUGAUGUACAAGAGAUCAUUAACAUGAUGGAUUUGGAUUGCACUCAUUAACUUGUACUAGUCAAUAAAUUUUUUUUUAAAAUAAUUACUCUUGCUACUGUGCACCAGCAUGUGUAAGUUCUUUUUUUUUUUGAACACAUCCAAUGUAAGUUCAAUAUAUAUAUAGGAUAAUAAAGACAAAGCAAUUAGUUAUUUAUUAUUAUUACUAUCCCAAAAGAGCUUCAACCAAAAUGAUAGAGAAAGGUGGCUUUGGAGAAGUCUUGCUAAAGAGAUCAAAUUAUUGGAGGUCACUGCAAAAGCCUUUCAUAAGUAUAUAUAUAUGGAAACUCCACAAUAAUUUGAACCCCAAGAUACCACUAAAAGUUGGAACAAACAUUGAUGCACUUUUGAGAGGUCGAGAACGAAACACCACACAGUAUAUUUGUAUGCAAUUGAUUAUCUAUUUCACUUUCAAGUAACUAUUUGGAAUAAUAUACGGAUUUUCUUGAAUGUAAACUGAGUAUUUUGAAUUUAUUUAAAAAAGGUUUAAUAUUAAUAUUGUCGAAUAAAGAAACGUAGAUGCUACGCGACGAAUAUAAAUUUCGAUAUUAUGUCGGCUAGAAUGGGUUAGUAUCUAAACUGGUACUAACCUCAAAUAUAAAUCAUUAGGGGUUGUUAAACUUGAGAAAAGACAUGAGUAAAGUGGAGCCAGUAUACUGUAUAGGUCAAAGUUCAUUAAGGAGAUAUUAAUGUGGGUAUGGUUAGUAUGAAAGACUAGAGAGGUCAAAGUUCAAGAUAACUGUUUGAAGAAGAUACACCAACUUAAGACUAGAGACCAGCUGUUUUGGUUCAUGAAACAAGACAUAUUUACAACAAAAGUUAUGAUCAUGUUUCAAAUCAAACAGUGUAUAUUGGCACCAAAUCCUACAACCACACGUUAGAUGUAAUAUGUAAAACCCGUAUAUUACUCCAACUUAUGUGUUCAUUUUCUUGUUCCGUGUUUCCGAGUUCACAUUCUUCGAACAAAAUCAAAUCAUCACUUCCAUAACAAUUUUUAUUCAAAAUCAAAUUUAGUCAAACCUAAGACAUGAAUAGUGAACCAACCUCAUAUCUAACAUAUCGAAUGUAGAUAUUGGCACGUGCAUUUUUGAGUUGCAAGAUUCAAAUAUAAACCAACUCAUGAACUGAGUACAAUAUUAUAAAAAUGUAUGCAAUAGUCCAAGAAAGAAUUUUUUUUUUUUGCCAAUGGAAGGAAUAAUAUAUUGUUUUAGGUUUAGUUAUUUAGAAAUAAUCAAAUCAUGUGAAAAUUAUACUGUCCCAUCUCAAAAAAUCUAAAACGAAUAUAAGAAGAUAAGUGCUACUGAUGCCAUAUGCACUAUCACACAUGUAGAGCAUAGAAUCGAGCCUAGUGAAAGAGUACUACUAUAAUGUGAGCAGUACUAUCCAUUUAUCCUUAACUUCCAAAAGCAAAAGAGCACCUUAUUCCAUCCUAAAUCAGUAAUAUUUCAAUGUGCUUUUCUGUUUCUCUAUGGCAUAUUCACAUACAAAAAGAAAUCCAGAUUCGUCGAACCAAUUAUUAAACCUUUUGAGUAAUGUACAUUAAAUUAUGCGAAGACAAAGCAUAACAGAAAGAAAUGGAGGUAGCAUAUACAACAACAAUCUCUUUCAAUGGUUUUUAGUCAAUCAAAAUCAAAUGCGUGAACAGACUAAACUCUCUUUUAGUCUCUCUACCACAAAGCUUUCGGCCACUUUGUAGGACAGUAACUAUCAACGUCACACUAUUGUAAGUCGCAGAUAGAGAAAGAGAUAUCCAAUGGUUAUGGUUCGAAUAUGUUGACGAGCUUACAUUGUUGACUAAAGACUUUUAACGUACUUCAGUUCAAGAUGAAAUAAAAACAGAGAUUUUGUUGUAACGUGUGUAUCAAGUCAAACACUAGACAACUCUGCCAAAAUCCAAAAAAAAAACAAGAAAAGAACGUAGAAAGCAUCAAAGCACAUACCUCUUGAUUUAACAUGUUCGUCAGAAAAAAAAGACAAGCCAAAUCAUCAUUCUGCUGCAGUGAAGAAUCCUCUAUCAGAUAAAAACUAGUUCUGUUUAACCUGGUGAUCUACAUAUUCAUGGCCUCUCUCUCCGGAUCAACGGCUCCCUCGUAUUUAAUACACAUGAACGCAAAACUGUCACUGAAAAAGCACCUCUGCUUAAAAUACAAGCAAUGACAAGGUUACACAACAUCAUCGCUGGUGUCAAAUUGUGUACAGUGUACAUGAAGAUACCCAAAACUCAAUGUAUACAUAUUAAUAGUAUCUUUCACCUUUUAUCACCGCCAUCAUAACUAUGGAUGUAAAAUGGGCUUGACUUAACGUGGUUAAUCCAACCCUCUAUUAAAUUUGCUACCCAUUACCCUUUUGUAAGAGAGAUAAAAAAUGGAUCAGACUCUUGGGUUUAACAAGUUUUGGUGUACUUCACUUUUUCGCAUAAAUUCAUCUAAAGAUAAGCGAAGAAGCGAGCUCGGUUUACUUUUUUUCUUGGUUUAAUCUUCGGUUCACUUCUAAAUGUUGGUUUUAUUUCAAAUAAAACAAUAGGCUUGAUUAAAAACUAAAUUUGGGUUUAAUUUUUACACAAACACAACCAUGAUUACAAUUCGAACCAAAAUCAAUUUAAAAGCAAUAAAAGAAAUAUCGAGGAUGCAUGCAUGCUUUUUAGAUCUGGUACGAUGUCCUUAGAUCAAUUUUCUGUUAGAGAUCCGAUCGAACCCUAAAACACAUGCCACAUAGUUGCAUUUAUAAGAUACUCCUAAAAGAUAACGAUUAUAUUAUUGUACUGAUAUGAUCUAUGUUGAUUAGAGCGAAUGACUUCAAUUAGUUCACAGAAACCCCUCCUGCCGCCUCUUCAUUAUCAAUGAUAAUGGUGUCUCCUGCAAUAAGUAUUAAUUUAUACUUUGAUGCUAUUAUUGAUCCAACGAUUGAUCUAGAUCACUGAGUACCUGUAUACCCCUAUAUCAAAAUUUAAAUCUUAAAUCAUAUAUUAAAAAUGUUUCAGAUCAGUGAGCGAAUUUGUAGCUGCAAAUGCAAUAUUUCAAACCAGAAAACAUGCACUGCUGACUAAAUUCUAUUUUUAGUAUGCGGUUAAAUUUUUCUGAGUGGAUAUAAUUAGUAGUUACUGCCCUUGACAUUUAUCUAUUGAAUGAAAAAUUACAUGUAACAUAUAUGAUGACAGUGAUCAAGUACAAUGUAUCAUCAAAUGAUUCCCUUGGCUAUUAAUAAUUGUGGUACUACUUGGAUUCAAAUACAUACACUAUGAUCAGAUGUCAUUUCCAACAAAAAGGUAAUGUAUGAACAGAGGGAAUCACUUAGUGAUAUAGUAUUACUUUUCUCGAAAUUAUACUGCUGAACAAGAAAUAAACACUUGUUUAUAAGAA